CAGGACCAGCGUCGCCUCCCCCGCGGCCUGGCGCCGGAGCCACCAUGUCGUUCGCGCUGGAGGAGACGCUCGAAUCGGACUGGGUGGCUGUGCGGCCCCAUGUGUUCGACGAGCGCGAGAAGCACAAGUUUCGUCUUUAUUGUGGCCUGAAACGAGAUCGAGGGCAAGUUUGCCAUAACCUGCCACAACCGGACGGCCCAGAGGCAGAGGAGCGGCUCCCGGGAGCCGGCGGGGACGCGAGGGGGCGCCGAGUCCUGUGCUGCCGCGUCCGACGGGACUCGCGGGCCGGGCAGCCCCGCGGGCAAGGGGCGGCCGGAGGCCACUGCCUCUGCGACUCCGGGGAGGAGCCCGGGGCCCCGGAGGAGCCCGGCCUGGGCGGAGAGCGGCUCUCCGCGGAGUACGCGCAACCUUCGGGGGGAUUCGCUGCUGCGGAGUUCAGCCGCCAAAGGGGCGGAGAGCCCUCUCCGGAGCCCCGUGCGGGCCAAGCCCACCCCGGCCCGGAAGGGAUCGGAAGGCAGAGAUGUGGCGGGGGCCGCCGCUGCGGCAGUCCCCCCGGCGCCCAAGGAGGUCCCCGUGUCCUCGGUGCGGGUAGUGAGCGCCUGCGGGGCGGUCUCCGAGGAGAUCGAGGUGCUGGAAAUGGUGAGGGAGGACGAAGCGGCCCCGGCGUCCCUGGCGAUCUCCGACCCGGAGUCACCGGCCACCGAACUAGAGUCCGCGGCCGAGGAGUGCAGCUGGGCCGGGCUCUUCUCCUUCCAGGACCUGCGCGCGGUGCACCAGCAGCUGUGCUCUGUGAACUCGCAGCUGGAGCCGUGCCUGCCGGUCUUCCCCGAGGAGCCCUCGGGUAUGUGGACCGUGCUGUUCGGGGGCGCCCCGGAGAUGACGGAGCAGGAGAUCGACACUCUGUGUUACCAGCUCCAGGUCUACCUGGGCCACGGCCUGGACACCUGCGGUUGGAAGAUCCUCUCCCAGGUUCUGUUCACUGAGACCGACGACCCCGAGGAGUAUUACGAAAGCCUCAGCGAGCUGCGGCAGAAGGGCUACGAGGAAGUGCUCCAGCGGGCCAGGAAGCGCAUCCAGGAGCUCUUGGAUAAGCACAAGAAUACAGAGAGCAUGGUGGAGCUUCUGAACUUGUAUCAGAUGGAGGAUGAAGCCUACAGCAGCCUUGCAGAAGCCACAACUGAACUCUAUCAGUAUUUACUACAGCCAUUCCGAGACAUGAGAGAACUUGCCAUGCUACGAAGACAGCAGAUCAAGAUUUCCAUGGAGAAUGAUUAUCUGGGUCCCCGAAGAAUUGAAAGUUUACAAAAAGAAGAUGCUGAUUGGCAGCGGAAAGCUCACAUGGCUGUGCUCUCUAUUCAGGAUCUUACUGUCAAAUAUUUUGAAAUAACAGCUAAAGCUCAAAAAGCUGUGUACGAUCGAAUGCGAGCAGAUCAGAAGAAAUUUGGUAAAGCAUCUUGGGCAGCAGCCGCUGAACGUAUGGAGAAACUCCAGUAUGCAGUUUCUAAGGAGACGCUGCAGAUGAUGCGAGCUAAAGAGAUCUGUUUGGAACAGAGGAAACAUGCACUAAAAGAAGAGAUGCAGAGUUUGCAGGGUGGUACAGAAGCCAUAGCCCGAUUGGAUCAGUUAGAAGCUGAUUAUUAUGAUCUGCAACUUCAGUUGUAUGAAGUACAGUUUGAAAUCUUGAAGUGUGAAGAGUUAUUGUUGACAGCACAACUAGAAAGCAUCAAAAGACUUAUAUCUGAAAAGAGAGAUGAAGUGGUGUACUAUGACACUUAUGAAAGCAUGGAGGCCAUGCUGGAGAAGGAAGAGAUGGCAGCAUCAGUGCAUUUACAGAGAGAAGAGCUGCAUAAACUUCAGCAGAAAGCACGCCAGCUGGAAGCAAGACGUGGACGGGUUUCAGCCAAGAAAGCCUACCUCAGAAAUAAAAAGGAAAUUUGUAUUGCAAAACACAACGAAAAAUUCCAUCAGCACCUUCAGAGUGAAGAGAACUACAGAACCCAUCACACAGUACAACUAAAGAGAGAGAAAUUACAUGAUGAAGAAGAAAGAAAAAGUGCUUGGGUUAGCCAAGAAAGACAGAGAACACUGGAUAGACUUCGAACUUUUAAACAGAGGUACCCUGGCCAAGUUAUAUUUAAGUCAAGCAGAUUGCGACUGGCUCAUGCAAGAAAAAGUGCCGCUAGUCCUGUGCCCUGCGAGGACCAAUGCAACUCUAUGCCAGGAGCACUGCAGAUAGAAGAGAAAAGUGAAGAGGUGCAGAAAGGAAGAGGCAAGCUUGGGUCAUCACAGACAGCAGAAGCCCAAAGCCUCAUACAACUUGAAGAUACUUCAUUAGUACAACUUGAAGCCACUUCAUUACCUCUCAGUGGUGUUACCUCGGAACUGUGCCCCACUGUUUCUCUUUCACUUUUGAAUAAUAUUGACCUUGAACCAGGUUCUAUUACCACAGAUCCACUCCCACCACCUCUUCCUCCAACACCACCUCCCCCACCACCCCCUCCUCCCCCACCACCACCGCCACCACCUCUGCCUGUUGCUAAGGACAUCCCAGAGACACUGGAGAAAGGUCUGCCUAGAGUGGAGGGGAACGAGAAGAGAAUCCCUAAAUCUGCGAGUGCCCCUUCAGCACAUCUCUUUGAUAGCAGCCAGCUGGUCAGUGCCAGGAAGAAGCUCAAAAAGACUGCUGAAGGUUUGCAGAGAAGGAGAGUGAGCUCACCCAUGGAUGAGGUGUUAGCUUCCUUGAAACGUGGUAGUUUUCAUCUGAAAAAGGUUGAACAACGAACUCUGCCUCCUUUUCCUGAUGAAGAUGAUAGUAAUAAUAUCUUGGCACAAAUAAGGAAGGGGGUAAAAUUGAAGAAAGUACAGAAGGAAGUUUUGAGAGAAUCCUUCACGCUUCUGCCUGACACAGACCCUCUCACACGGAGCAUCCAUGAAGCUCUUAGGAGAAUCAAAGAAGCAUCCCCUGAGUCGGAGGAUGAAGAGGAGGCCUUGCCUUGCACAGAAUGGGAAAACUAACAAGUGACUCACGAAAAAGAAAAAAAAACCUGCGGUUGAAGACCGAUUCAUAUUCUUUUGAAAAACAAAUUUUAAACACUUGGUUCCAGAAUUGGAUUCCAUUAGAUCCAAAGUGUGUUGGCUCAGUGGUGUGAAAAAAGGAAGCACAGUUGGCAAGUUUUUACUUUUUCAGUCAUUCCAAUAGAUGGUGGUUAACAUGAGUUUUAGAUGUGCAAUGUUUCUGACUACAGUGAAGAAGAAGCCUUCAAAGAGAUUCCCUUUUUUUUUACCAUCUUCCCCUCCUGCCCACCCACUUACAUACUUAUAGUGGCCAGUAAAGCUAGGGGUUGCUAUGAGUUGGAAGAGCACUGGGUGGACAGAGGUCGCCUGUGAGCUGUAUUGGGACUGCUUUGAAAUCUAUUGUUCAGUGCACUGAAUAGUCAUCUGCUUGAAAAUUACAGAGCUUCUUCCAUAUCAGCUUAUAUAAAUAGUGUGACACUCUGAAAAAGAAGUUUAUCAUGAUAGCCAUUGGGACAGGAAUUGAAAGAAAAUCAGAUGAUGAAAAUUUCCACAUUAUCUCCAAAGGAAUUUUCAUAAAGAUGUUGAACAAUAUCUGGAAAGAUACAAAACUAUGGAGAUACAUCUAUUAAUGUGUUUACCACAAUAUGAUACAUUUAACAUGGCAUAUUUUUAGAAGACCACACACUCUUACACUUUGUAAGUUUUUGAAGUAAAAUUUCCAUGCUUUUAAAUAGCUCUUCAUAAUUGUGAAUUUAUAAUAGUUUGAAUAUUAUGUGCAGCUUUGUUUAUGAGAAGCAAUACUUUGUAAUUUGAUAAUAUUUCAAAUUAUUUUUGGUCUUUUUGUUUGAACUAUUGCUUGAUUACUGUAAUUCAACAUGACUUUCCUAUUGAGAAUCAAAAUCAGGAUUCUAUAAUAGGAAUGCAGAUCUUAAGUCUUUUUAUCAUGUACCAUUUAAGUUUUUAUUUUUAUGUUCCACAGUAAGAAAAAGUGCUCUACAGAUAUGCAGAAAAAAUUAGACAAACAGAAAAGCCUCUUUAGCUGGCAUUUCACAUGCUUUGAGUGGAGUUUUUGGAUAGAGCCUUUGUUAUUGUCACUAAAUUAAACAUGUAUGUAGCUCUAGGUGCCUGUUUUGCUGUAAUGGAGUCCUGAAGGAUGCGUUUAUAUGAAUGGAGCCAUUAUGUGUUCUCAGCUGGACUGCUGUGGGCUUAAAUGAAGAUAGAUAUGUUGGACUUAGUACAGUACUCUGUAGAGUAUUCUGCAUAAGAUAGAUCUUGGCCUUUAUAUGCAGGGAGGACCGAAGUACCAAAAAAGACUUUUAUUUCUUAUGAGGCAAUUAUCUGACCUAGACUCAGAAAGCAGUCCCAGUGUAAAAGCCCUCCAAUGAAUCGAUAUUCCAGAGGAAAAAGAAAUGCUUGCACCUUUGUCACAUUAAAGUGGCAUUCCUUGAGAGUAAUUAUGGAGAAAAUAUUCUGACAUCAGGUCAUGUAAAACAAAAUCUUUCUGCUUAAAUGUUGGUAAUAUGUUUCACAAUACAUUGGUUUAUUCUAGCACUAUUUUCACAUCGUGUCUGGGAAGAUUGGAGAUGUAGAUCUAAUAUAGAAACUAAUCUUCAUCCCAUGAUGGUGAGUGGGGGAGAUUUUUUCCUAUCUACAUCCGUAAGGCAUUGAAGCAUGCUUCCUAACCCAAAGAAUGAUUGGUUUGAUAAUGUAUUUUUUAAGAAGUUUUAGUAAAUUUACAAAUCAUAAAAAAAAUCACAUUUCAGUGUUAUGCCUUUGGAUGCUUGUUUUGUUUUUCAUUCAUUGACAUUUAGAAAAAUACAGGAGAAUGCAAUGUUAAAUUAACAGCAAAAGCACUAGAACUCUCAUAUGUCUAGAGGGAAUUGCUACCCAUUUGGUGUUACAGCUGCGAUUCCAAGGGUCCUGUGAUCUCCAUGAAGGUUAUCUCACACUUGAAGAUGAGUAGGUUAGAGCAGCCAGCUAUGCUCAUUCUCUGGUAAAUAACUUUCUUUAACACACUCACUUCCCUUAGAGAUUCAGAUUCCUACUUCCACAGAAUUGCAUGUUACUGUAGGUCAUCAACCUUUAAGAGUUCUCACAAAUAAUAUUAAAAUUUAAAAUAACUACCAUCGACUUGUCUAUUAAGAUGAGUUGACCAGUUGAAUCCUCAUUUUAAUUUUAAAGCAGUUUUAGACCCCAACAGGAAUUAUGUUGACAUGGUUAAAUUCUUUUUUUUUCUUGCCCCAGUAAGAUGAGCACCUUGGGCCUUAGUAUUUCAUUUGUAUAUAUUUUAGUUAUGGUGGUACUUAUAGAUCACGUUUCCACUUCCAAACUUGGCUAUACUGUUUAUAUGGUUUAAAAUAUUUGACAGCUCUAUUUCUGUUAAUGUAUCAUUGCCAUAUAUAAGAAUCUGCGAACAACUGCUUGCUUGUGCUGAAUCAGUUUAGAAGUUAAUUUACUAAUCUGGCCUCAACUACUAUAUAUUUAUAAUAGGGAAACAAGUAGGUGGUGAUCUGGGGGAUGUUUUGAGGACAGUAUUACUUACUGCUCACUUAAAUGUCAAUGUUAACUAUUUCUUCUAAUGCAACUAAAAUUAUGUAUAUAUAACCAAUGUGGAAUGUAUAGAAAAGGUAUUCCUAAUGAUUUAAAAUCCCAAUGGUACUAUAUUGUAGCAAUAUGAAGAAAUGCCUGGCUAAAAAAGAUUUUUAAAAGAUGA